AUGCCCAUCCGCAUCCGCCUACGCGCCCCCAACGGCCAGCACACGCUCGCCCUCGACGACAACGCCGCCGUCUCCGACCUGCUCUCCGCCAUCGCCGCCUCGACCGACCUGCCGCUGUACAGCCUCAAGUGGGGCUUCCCGCCCCAGCCCCUCGACCCUUCGCUGUACGGCCUGUCGACGCAGCUCAAACACACGGACCUCCAGCUCAACGGCGCCCAGAUCAUCGUCAUCGCGCAGGCAACCGGCGACCCCAGCGAGCAGAGGCAGGACGCCGAGCCCUCCACAGCACACCCAGCCGCGCCCCUGUCGCUGCAACGGAAGGAGCAGCCCGCGCUCACGGACACGCCCGAGGUGUCUGUGCCCGACCGCAGCGGCACCCUCGUGCUGCGCGUCAUGCCCGACGACAACUCGUGCUUGUUCCGCGCCGUGGGCAGCGCCGUCCUCACCGACGCCCUCGACUCGAUGACGGAGCUGCGCUCCCUGGUCGCACAGACCAUCCAGCGCGACCCCGACCACUACAACGAGGCCAUUCUGCAGCGCGACCCCGACGACUACUGCAAGUGGAUCCAGUACGCCGACUCGUGGGGCGGCGGCAUCGAGCUGAGCAUCCUCUCCCAGGAGUUCGACGUGGAGAUUGCGAGCAUCAACGUGCAGGACCUGCGCGUCGACCGCUUCAACGAGGGCCGCCCUCGCCGCUGCAUCCUCGUCUACUCGGGCAUCCACUACGACACCAUCGCCCUCGUCCCUAACGGCGCGCCCACCUUCAGCCCCGAGAAUGACGUCAAGCUCUUCGACGCCGCCGAUGAUGUCAUACUGGAAGGCGCCCGCCGGCUGUGCGGCGAGCUGAAGAAGCAAAACUACUACACCGACACGCAAAAGUUCGACAUCAAGUGCAAUACAUGCGGCUGGCGCGGCGCAGGCGAGCGCGGCGCCGUCCAGCACGCCGAAGAGACGGGGCACGUCGACUUUGGCGAGGGCAAGUAG